AGUUACUCUAAAUUUUCUAUUGUUUGGUUCCGGAAAACGCGAUUAAAAUUAAGAUAAAUGAGAAGAAAUUGAAACAGGGCUGUUGGGUAUUUUUGUUCUUCUCUUUUGGUGUGUUUAGGGCCAUGCUGAUUUCUAUCUUUAGCUGAAUCUAGGACUGGUGAAUGUGUUCGUGGAUUGAUUGAGCUUCUUUUUGUAAGUUAGUUGAUACCGUUGGUCCGAUCUCGCAAGUUGGCAUAUAUCAUUUUCAACUGAUGUCUUCCUCAACUGCUCUGAUUUACUAAGUUCCUAUUAUGGCUGGAGUGAGGUUUUCCAUUCUAAGAUCACUGCAUAGUUCGGUGAAUUCUUGUAGGAAAGUGCAAUCAUGUCGAUCAUACAACUAUGAUUUGAAACUUGUGAAGUAUGAUAAUCUGAUUCAUGUAAGACCGUUGCAUGCUUUUGUGAAUCGCAACUACUACACAAAAGAAUCACAAUCUCCUGAAACUCUUACAAAUAAUCAUUUUAGAGCAGUAGGUUCUCAGUCCUUUGUUCAUACUCAACACUACAAGAUCAGACGCUCAACUCUGUUUUUACCUAUCCUAUCAAACUUGCGCUUCCAAAGUACUAGUCCUCUUUCAUUGAUCAGCCCCUUGUCCAAUUACCGGUCAUAUUCAUCAUCUUUUGGAAGCAACGCAGAUAGUGCUGGGGACACAGGAGUUCCUGAUGGUUCUGGUGCAAGUGGUGUUGUUGUAAGUGAUUUUGUUGAUAAGGCUAAAGACACCUGGCAGAGUAUAGUGGAUGCGGCAGCUUAUACUGGGCAGAAGGCCAAAGAAGCUUCUGAUGAACUGACCCCCUAUGUUCAUCAAUUGCUCGAUUCCCUUCCCUAUCUAAAAAAUGUACUUAUUCCAGUUGGUAGUACUUUGGCUGGUACUAUAUUGGCUUGGGUGGUUAUGCCUAGGCUUUUGAGGAGAUUUCACAAGUAUACCAUACAUGGUUCUUCUGCUUUACCAAUUGGAAGCCUGGCUGGUGAGCAAGUUCCAUACGAGAAAAGUGUAUGGGGUGCUUUGGAGGAUCCAGUGCGAUAUCUAAUUACCUUCAUGGCAUUUUCACAGAUUUGUGUGAUGGUUGCACCAACCACCGUAGCAUCACAGUACCUUGCACAGGCAUGGAGAGGUGCAAUUAUCCUUUCAUUUAUAUGGUUUUUGCAUCGGUGGAAGACGAAUGUGUUUACUCGUGUGUUGGUGGCCCAAAUUUUAGCUGGGCCUGAUAGGGAAAGGUUGCUGGCUUUAGACAAACUUUCAUCCACUGGUCUAUUUGUGAUUGGUAUAAUGGCUUUAGCUGAGGCAUGUGGGGUUGCUGUGCAAUCUAUUCUGACUGUUGGUGGAAUAGGAGGAGUUGCUACUGCAUUUGCUGCCAGAGAUAUCCUCGGUAAUGUACUCAGUGGGUUGUCUAUGCAGUUUUCAAAGCCGUUUUCACUUGGAGAUACGAUAAAAGCUGGUAAUAUAGAAGGUCAAGUGGUGGAAAUGGGGCUAACCACCACAUCCCUAUUGAAUGUGGAGAAGUUCCCUGUCAUAGUUCCAAAUUCACUGUUUUCUAGUCAGGUUAUUGUGAACAAGUCGCGUGCCCAAUUUCGUGCCAUGGUCACCAAAAUCCCAGUGCAAGCUGAUGAUUUGGACAAGAUUCCCAUUAUAUCAAAUGAUGUAAAGAGUAUGCUAAGAUCAAACUCGAAAGUUUUCCUAGAAAAGGAGGGCCCUUACUGUUACCUCUCUCGAAUCGAAAGUUAUUAUGCUGAAUUAACUAUUGGAUGCAAUCUCAAACAUAUGAGCAAAGAAGAGUUAUACGCUACAGAACAAGAUAUUCUUCUGCAAGCAGUGCAGAUAAUUAAGAAGCAUGGUGCUAGAUUGGGCAGCAGCUCACAAGAAAUGAGCAGUGGAUAUAACAAAUGACAAGAUGAAUCAUUCACAUUUUCAAAACUGAAUCAUACUGGGUCCAAAUCUGAAAAUCCGCGCCUUGAUGUAAAAUCUCUCCUCUCUUUUUUUCUCUCCCUUUGGUUGGAUAUAAUGAUUUUAUGCUUGUGUUGGAAAGAGAGCUGUUCGUUUAAAAUGAAAAUUUCGGAAAGUGGAUUACAUUCUACUGAUCA